AUGAAUGACCCCAUGUCAAUGUGGCUUUGGGCUGGUCCGGAGCCAGUCAGCUCAGUCAAGGUCAUUGGUCCUGCUGCGAAACGAAUUCGAGAGAAACUGAUCCAGCGCGAAACUAGCCAGAACGCGAUAUCGGUUGAGGAAGCAGAAAGACAGUACAAUGAAGCCAUACAGAAACAGCGAGCCGUUGCGGCGAAGCGUUGCGCUGAGCGCAACUUCUUCAACCUGCAUUUCGGAUCCUGUUUGCGCUGUGCGCACAGUGGCAUGUCUUGCGACUACUCGCCCACGCCGGAACGAACACAGAGGUACGGACACCGAUACAGAGCCGGGCAGUGCCGGCGCUGCGAGCGGGCCGGCGCCAAGUUCUGUAUCAUGCAGGGCUCAUAUUCACAUGACAAUCUGGUCCAGGAGCAGGUCAUUAUCCUGAUCAAUGGGUCCGAUCCUACGAAAUUGGGGCUCACGGAGGAGGAUCUAGAGGAGAUAGAUGCGGCGGUAGAUGAGUACACGGGCAAGAACACGUUCCAACUACAACCUGGCAUUUGGAUGGCCGAGCCAGACAUCAAAAGGCUGCCUAUACCGUCAUUCCGGACAGCCCAGCACGACGGAGUAAUCAAAAGCUGGAAGGAUGUUCUCCCUGACCCGCGGAACCUGAGCAACGAGAGCUGCGAGGCACAUGUGGCACAGGUUUUAAUGUUGGAAAUCUAUGAGAGCAUUCAGGGAGAAAAGAAAAAGGCAGCUGCUCUGCGACGGGGUAUGUCAUCACAAGAAGAAAACAUUAUCGGGCGAACCCAAGUCAAAGAAGGCAUGUCAGAGCAAAAGGAUCAAGAGUUACCAGAGAUGUUCAAGGGCGUGCAUAGUACAGACCUCAUCAAGCUUCACGUACCGAGAUUGUGUUACAAGCAGAGGCAGCUUCACGUCUCUGAGCAUCCCAAGUUUAAACACUCAUGGCUCAAGAGCUAG